AUGAACGAACACACAGAGAGCGACACGGCGCGUGCAUGCCCUGUUCCAGGAGCACUGGAUCCGCCACCACGGGCGACGGCUCCGACCGCCUUCAACGAAACAGCACCAGAGAGCACAGCUUCAGGAACACUAGGGUGGGAAGUUGCCGAGCGGGAAAGCCAUCCGAUUGGUGAAAGCUCCAGUCGUCGCAAAUCUGCAACGCUGAGUGGGUGGUCUCUGAUGAACUUGGACGCGCGACAUAUGCAGUGGCGACGCGAAUGCUUACCGCUUCUCUACGAUUGGUUUCUAUGCUGGCCAAUGGUGUGGGUCCUUGGCGGCGUCCAGUGGGGCCCGCGUCUACAGGUGCUACGAGCGUUUCUAGCGGACGACCCGGGAACGGGCACGGCUGGCCCGCUCAUAGCAGCGAAUGCAACCGAGACAACCGACUCAUCCGAGCUUCCAAGCACCAAGCGACGCUCAGCCAAGUCUUUCGGUAUUAGACUGGAACCGAUUUCCCGACUUGAUCAGAGCACUUUUGAACGCCAGGAACUAUACUUCAGCGAGCGCACUGGACCUACCGUUCCCGAUGCACCGUCCGAGCCGAACACGCUUCUCGUCGCUGAGUGUUGUAUCGCGCGGGAGAACUUCAUGCGCGCUUCCGACAUCGGCAAUGCCUGGAAUACGGAUCUUUAUUCGAGUUGUGGCAGCGGGUCCGGCGCUCAUGACGUCCCUCUUGCGGAGAGAGCAGCAUCAGCUCGACGAGCACGAGAGCAUCGCGAGCACACCCUGCGCUGUCGUCUGGAGGAACUGGAAGAGCAAGCACGCGCUGCUAAGGAUGCACUGGUAGCAGCGGGUAUCCACACGAAUCACUCGAGCGAGGACGUAUCGGGAUCGAUGGUGUCCUCAAACGGCGGUGUAUGUGCUCAGGCGCGGGCGGUACUGGAAGCCUUCGCCGAGCUCUUGCGCUUGCCCGAGUGCGAGCGUCUGGUGCGGUCGACUUCUGAACAGGUUUAUCAGGAGUUGUACGAUGCAGUGAUUGGUAAAUGCGCGUCUGAGAAUGCGCUGCAAGCGAGCGUAACUAGUGGGUAUUCGCUGGAGGCUCUGCGGACCAAAAGAGCACAGCAAAGCCGCUUCCACAAUCCGAUGCUUCCGUUCCAUACAAGGGUGCCGCACGGCAUCUCGAUAGCCGUACCGAUUGCCAACAUGCGUCGGAAAGGGGUGCUACCGUCGACGAUGCCGUCACCGGAACUGAACGAGGGUCAUCGCGGUCCAGAGACGGAAAGUCUGAGUAGCCAGUCGGGUCCUCUUCGCGACAGCGUUCGCCUCGACUACGACGAAUAUCUGGGUGAGGUGAUCAACUUGACUCCAGAGGAGUUCGAUGACAACAAUGUUCCGGUGGGGUCGCGUCGUGACGGCCUCAGCGGCAUGGGGGGCAUUUACGUGGUCAACGAGGAUGGAAGUUCCGGCUGUUGGGCUCGUGACUCGAGCGCAUUCACGGGGGGUAUUGUCGUACGUCGCCGACGUCGAGCAAAUGCGUCUAAUGCGUUUGGUGCUGCUGCUAGUGCUGCUGGUGCUGCAGCUGCGACUGAGGAGCACUCACAACACGCUCAAGACAACGGGGUUCGAGUCUUCUACGAUGAGUUUCGGGUGCGGAAACGACUUAUCCAUCCGGGGGAAGUCAAUCGAAUUCGGUACCUGGGGAUGACAUUCGAUCCAAACGUGAAUCACGAGGACUGCUUUCCGGCCGAUGCUCUCGAGGACGAUGUGGAAUCGGAACCGGUUCAGACGACACAGUGUGCGCGCUGGAUCGUCACCCAUACCGAUGCACCUGAGCUGAUGGUCUGGAAUGUGAACGAGCAGGUUCACCGACCCGAUAACGACAAGUUACGUCCAAACGUACCUGAUCUCGUGCUGGUUGGCCACACAUCGGAGGCGCCCUACGCCAUCGAUACAACCUUUGGCGGGGACGUAUUUCCAGACGCUUUUCUGGUGGCUUCAGGCGGCUCCGAUCAUCAGGUUCUAGUCUGGCGCCUAACAUCCGACCUGUUGCUGGAGUCGCGCGAACAGAAACGUGCAACCGUCACCGACACCAUCGACGAUCUCAGCGGUUCGCUUCAUCCGGUAAGGCAUGCAGCGCGCUACACAAUGAACGUAGCACCGACGCAUCGUCUGUUCGGUCAUUCGGCAACGGUGGAAGAUGUUUGUUUUCAUCCAAUUAACCCCAGUCUACUGGCAUCCUGUGGGGAUGACGGGUGCCUGUUGUUGUGGGAUUUGCGCGCCCCGCCACGACCUAUCGGGGGCGUCCGUCGUGCGCACGCUGGCGACGUGAACUGCCUGGACUGGUCGCGAGAUCGUAACGCCCGCUACAUGAUAACCGGUGGCGAGGACGGUGUUGUACGACUCUGGGAUACGCGUGCGAUGAGCAGUUGGGCUAUUGAGGGCACACUGCAUCGAAAGAGCCAACCCGCAGAGCCGCUCUAUGAAUUCAUGGCGGAUGAUCGGUUUGGUGGUGCUGUGUCCUGUGUUCAGUGGAAUCCGCUGGAUCCACGCUACUUCCUGUCCGCUGCGGAGACCGAGGUCAUUGUCUGGGAUACCGAAACAAUGGAUAUUCUGUUCAGGCAUGCUGGCCAUCGAACUCGAAUCCAGGAGGCGUACUGGAAUCCGUACAUUCCAUGGGUAAUCAUGACGACGAGUGAGGCUGGCGAGAGUGAGGCCGACGGCACACCCAGCAUGGUUAGUCUGUGGCGUGUCCUUGAUCUCGUCCAUAUGCACGAUGCACAAGUGGCGGCAGAGUUCGAUGUGUGGCAGAACACGGUGGCUCAGUCGGUUUAG